CGCCGAGAGAGCUGCAGAGUUGAAACUGAUCGUUGGCAUCGUCUGCGACGUGUCAGCUAGUUUGACAGCUUCCUGUUGUUUAGCUAGCAGCAAGCUUAGUGACCGACGCUGUUUUAAGUAGCUUUGAUGUGUGGAAAUGGCAUUUUGUUCCGCGAAGUACCUUACAAUAUCCAGGCUGUGUUUACCUGACGCUCGCAUGUAAUAGGCUCUAACCUCACCCAGUGAAACCACAGGCUGCUGUGAUGUCGGAGCCUAAGCCUCCUACUCCAACCCCUGGAGACACAUAUAAGGGUUGGCUCUUCAAAUGGACUAACUACAUAAAAGGCUACCAGAGACGCUGGUUUGUCCUGAGCAAUGGACUGUUGUCGUAUUAUAGGACCCAGGCAGAGAUGGGUCACACAUGCCGAGGCACCAUCAACUUGGCCACAGCCAACAUUGCUGUGGAGGACUCGUGCAAUUUUGUCAUUUCCAAUGGCGGAGCACAGACCUACCACCUGAAGGCCAGCUCAGAAGUGGAGCGCCAGCGGUGGAUCACUGCGCUGGAGCUCGCCAAGGCAAAGGCCGUCCGUAUGCAGGCUGAAUCCGACGACUCAGGUGACGAUUGUCCUGCAGUGCCCCCCACCCCAGGACAGGGUGGAGGCUGCCGUAACUCAGAAAUCCAGUCCACACUACGGACACUGAACAACAAGGUGGAGGACCUCACUACCUGCAAUGAUCUCAUUGUUAAACAUGGGUCUGCCCUCCAAAGGUCUUUGUCAGAACUGGAGGCCAUUCGUGUCGGAGGGGACAUGGGUGAAAAAAUCAGACAAGUUACAGAGAGGGCCACACUGUUCCGAAUCACAUCUAAUGCCAUGAUUAAUGCUUGUAGAGACUUCCUCUCUCUGGCCCAGAACCACAGUAAGCGCUGGCAGAAGGCCUUACAGACCGAAAGAGACCAGCGGAUACGUCUGGAGGAGACUCUAGAGCAGCUAGCAAAACAGCACAACCACUUGGAGAGAGCCUUCAGAGGAGCGACAGUUCUCCCCCCGUCAUUCAGCAACCCCGCCUUAGCUAGCAAAGGUGGUGUUUCAGGAAAAGGUGAUGCCAGUGAUGAGGAUGACGACAAUGAGUUCUUUGAUGCUAUGGAAGACCCAGCAGAGUUUAUUACCGUUCCCGCUGACCCAAAGUAUCACAGGCGAUCUGGCAGCAACAUCAGCGGGAUCAGCAGUGAGACUGGAAUGGAUGAUCAGUCGGUAAAUUUUGAUGAACUAUCUUUGGCGUCCAAUCCGGAGUCUCCCCAGCCUCUUGAGCUAGAGCCAGUCAGACAAAGACGGACUCGUAUCCCUGACAAGCCCAACUAUUACCUCAAUCUGUGGAGCAUCAUGAAGAACUGUAUUGGAAAGGAGCUCUCAAAGAUACCAAUGCCUGUGAAUUUCAACGAGCCCCUCUCAAUGCUGCAGCGUCUUUCUGAGGACCUGGAGUACUACGAGCUGCUGGAUAAGGCUGCUAAAUGUCAGAGUUCUCUAGAGCAGAUGUGUUAUGUCGCCGCUUUCACAGUCUCUUCCUACUCCACCACUGUCCACCGCACAGGAAAACCCUUCAACCCUCUGCUGGGAGAAACUUUUGAGCUUGAUCGACUCAGCGAGUGCGGCUACCGCUCCCUGUGUGAACAGGUGAGUCACCACCCACCAGCUGCAGCUCACCAUGCUGUCUCUGAAAAGGGUUGGACCCUGAGACAGGAAAUUACUCUGGCCAGCAAGUUUAGAGGAAAAUAUCUCUCAAUCAUGCCCUUGGGUUCUAUCCAGUGUCUGUUUGAUAAGAGCAACAAUCACUACUCUUGGAAAAAAGUCACUACAACAGUACACAACAUUAUUGUGGGGAAACUGUGGAUUGAUCAGUCAGGGGAGAUAGAUGUGGUGAACCACAGGACGGGAGAUCGCUGCCACCUCAAGUUUGCUCCCUACAGUUACUUCUCCAGAGAUGUACCAAGAAAGGUAACAGGAGUAGUAACCGAUAAGGAUGGAAAGGCCCAUUAUGUGCUGUCGGGAACAUGGGAUGAGAAGAUGGAGUUUUCCAGGGUAAUGCAGAGCAGUAAAGGCGAGAACGGCACAGAGGGCAAACAGAGGACUGUCUAUCAGACCCUCAAAGCCAAAGAAAUCUGGAAAAAGAACCCUCUACCAGAGGGAGCAGAGAACAUGUACUACUUCUCCUCAUUGGCCUUGACACUCAAUGAACCUGAAGAGGGAGUGGCACCGACGGACAGUCGAAGACGCCCCGACCAGCGAUUAAUGGAAGACGGACGCUGGGAUGAGGCUAACGCAGAAAAACAGAGGCUAGAGGAAAAACAGCGCACGUCCCGUCGAGAGAGAGAGAGGGAGGCUGUUAAAGCAGCCAGCUCUCCUGAGGAAGGCACCCAUCAAGACAACCACCAAGCACUGUGGUUUGAGAAGAUCGAUGACCCCGUAUCUGGAGAGACCUUACAUGUCUACAAGGGGGGUUACUGGGAGGCGAAGGACCAAGGCAACUGGGACAUGUGCCCUGAUAUCUUCUGAUCACAGCCGAAUGAGCCUCAGUGGUGUACAAAUGAGAAGAUGGUUAGAGGUGAUCUACCUUACAUCGGCUCAACUGGGGAAUCAAGCCUGACAUCAACCUAUUUUCAAUGUCUGUAGCUUCAUCUGAUCACCCCCCCCAAGCUCCCCCUAUUCCAGCAGAGAUUUGCUCAGGAUCAAGGGCAUGUGGAUUUCACCCUCAAUGUAGAAACUAUGCACAUUGUGCAUUGUAGUGACAAUGGACAAUGAUGCAACUGGUUGGUGUUCAGAAUCCCCUCUCACUGCCUCUCAAACACUUUGUUUAUCUUGGUCUGCUACUUGCUCUCAGUCCAUGGGCCUGUAGUACAGCCUAUGAGUUGCAUUUGGCAACAGGUUAUUGUGGCUGUGCUGUUGUGCAUUUUCUUUGGAAGCACUAAUGUCAGAGGCAUAAUUCCUCCAGACAUCCUACAAUAUACAAGGUUUGCUUAGACAGAGUGAGCUACUACCUAACAUGUCAUUUAUGUGUUUGUGUUGUGCGUUCCUGAUUUUUAUGAUUUUGCAGUGAAUUUAUUACAGCUUCUCCAGCACAGAAACACUCCAAGUCAAAGUCAAAUCACACCCAGUAGUUCACACUGGAAAUAUUCACCGUGCCAGUUUCAAACCAUGUCACAUGCACAGAUGGAAAGGCUUCAGUGGCAGAUGACAGGAGUUAAAGGAAGUAAUUAAAGGCAGAUUUCAACAAUUAUUUUCAGUGUGAGGUUUCACAUACCAACACACGUUACAGAGCUUGCCUUUGAAUUUAUGUGAGUUGCGGUGCUACUUUAUUCACUGAUGUGAAACAGCAACUCUAAAGGUAUACUAUAUCUACAUACUAGCCUUUUUUAAAAUUUUGUACUCAAUUAGGCUAUUUCCCCUGAUAACUCUGUAAAACCCAUGGAAUUUGUGAAGACAUGAAAGUAUUUCACAAUGUUUCUUCUACUCUUCUUACUGUAAUUUGGCCUGAUAAAGUCUGGUUUGGUAAUCUUAAGAAUCCUUACUUAUGAGCUGCAUAUUUCAUUCCAUAUAUAAGUUGUCUUUUAUACUUUUUUCACUGUUGAAGAGUAUCAUUUCCCUUUUCUUCUCUUUUCUAUUGGUGUAAGAACAAUGACAUUUAUAUAUGCAGAAUUCUUAUGUUUAAAAAAUGUUUUAAUAAGUGUGCCCCAAAUACAUGAACUUCAGACUGUUUUCAUACUACAGUUUCUGCUCUUGUUAAUAUACCAGGAUCAAUCACUAAUGUUCUGCUUUCAAAGUAAAUGUUGAGGCUCACAAUUUGAAAAGUUGUCAAAAAUGUCAGAGCAGCAGGGCUGUGCUCCAAGCUGUAACUGAGCUGUGUGCAGAUUUCUACUGGCUCGAUGAUUUGUGAAGUGAUGUGAAGUGUGAGGCGAGUGUUUUUGUCUUCCUGAUUUCCUUCAAAUGUAUUGAUCAUAGCUUUAAUCUCAGAUUAGGAUAUUUUAGUCUUUUGUGUGUGUUGCGAGUAUAGAUUUUUAACAGACAGCAAUAAGAGUGCCUCAGUGCAUAUACACACGUGGCACAAAAUGAAAUAUGAGGACGAUGUGAAGCAAGAAUGCUAGAAUGGCAAAAACUGAGUUCUGUCUUUAUAUUUGUCUCUGUUGUUGUUUGUCACUUGAGUGGAAGGAACUGUAUAGUUGGAGAAAAUCUACGUUUCAUUUUUAUAUUCAAGUGUACUUAAAAAGAGAACACUAAAAAUGAAGGUCACAAAAUGUUGCAAAUAUUUCUAUGUAAAUAUAUUAAAUAGUAAAGUAAUUGUGAUAUUAACUGGUUUAUGUUGGUAUAGAAUCUAAAGGUGGAGAUGCACUUUGAAUUAAUUUUAUUUACUCAGCUCUGCAUACGUUUUCAUUGUCUGACCAGAGUGUACCAUGUUACCACAAAUCACCCUUUACCACCUAGGAAAGCUUUAUAUUUUAAAUUAUAUUAAUUUGUUUUUGAUGUACACUAUCCCUUCCUACAUUCAACUUUGCUUUAUACAUAAUUUAAAUAGAUAUCUUCAUAUGACAUCUCUUCAGUUACAGAGUUUACAAGGUUCUUUCUGACUUUUUUUAAUACAAUAUAAUCUUGGUUUUCAGCCAGUGGUCAUAGCCCCAUCAUUACAUCUUUAUUUUUAACUCUUUUUUUUUUUUUUUUUUUUUUUUAAGUUUCUACCUUUUUUCAUCCCUGUUAUUGUUUCAAACUCUAUGUUUUCCCCCCACACAAAAAGAGACUUAAGGUGUUCUUGCACUUUAGUACAGAAUAUCAGUGAUUUCAUUUGCCCUACUUGAUUUUACUGUUGAGUCAACUUUUGAUGUCCGCUACUGAAUUGUCACUUUGUGAGUUUGUUUUGGAAACUUCUCCUAAAACAUGCUCAACAAUUUGCAAACAAAUGUAAAAGUAAAAAAAUAUACACAUGUAUUUUUCACCUUUACUGUCCUAUUCAUUCAGUUCUUUUAGAAGGAUUGUGUUAGAGGUUGACGAUAUUAAAGUCUGUAUGGAGAUGAAGUGCA